GGCAGCUGUCUAAUGAAUUUUUAAAACUCAAAGAUAAUAAAUAUCUUAAUGAUGUCCAAGCUAAUCAUAUACCUAUGCUAGAUCAGAAUAACUCCUUUAAUCAAUGAUGAAUUGUCACUCAGGGGAAAACAAAAACAACCAUCUAUGUACCCCAGCAAAGCACUCUUCAAAGCCACAACCUCGACAAAAUUUUUACAUACAAGUAAAAAAGAAAUUCAAUUGAAUAAUUAUCGAGUUCGUCGACAAAUUCCCGAGGAUCAUGCUAAUCAAUAUUUUAUUAAUAUUAUUCUUUUUGCUGAUACUUCAAUGUCUGAUCAUUAUGGAAACGAACUUGAAAAUUAUCUCAAACUCGUCAUGGCAAAAGUAUCGAGAAUAUUUAAACAUUUUUCAAUUGGUCAUCCAAUUGCUUUUGGAUCAGUGAACAUUAAAAAAACAAAUGAAAAUUUUUUGGAUCCAGAUAAAUAUCCAAUGAAUUCCAUUAUAUUAGAAAAUUUUUGUAAAUGGCAAAGCACACAAACCAUCAAUCCAGAUAUGAAAAAUUUGAAUGAUUCUUAUGUUGCGUUACUUUUGACAAGAAACAUCAUUUGCUUGUCUUCACACGGUGACAAAAAUUGUGAAGGAGCUGGUCAUGCUAACUCAGGCACAAUAUGUAAUCAAAAUUUAUCAUGUGGUGUAAUAAACGAUGGUUCUUUUUCAACAGAACUGACUAUUGCACACGAAGUUGGUCAUUUAUUGGGCAUGCGUCACGAUAAUUAUAACAAGGCAUGCCUAAUAAAUGACAAUAGUGGAUCAUUAUACUUGAUGAAUCAUGAAAUGACAGAAAAACACCCAAAGAUGUGGUCCAAUUGUUCCAAUGAUUACGUUACGCGAUUUUUUGAGACUGGUAAAGGUGACUGUCUUCUUGCUGAACCCAAGGAAAUAUUUAAUGAAACGGAAUAUGGACAUUUAGGUGAACAUUAUUCGCUUGAUAAAAUAUGUGAAUUUGCAUGGGGCUUGGGAUUUUAUGCAGCUCCUGCUUUUGAUGAUAAUGAAAAAUGUAUAUCAUGA